AAUUAGUUUUUUUGCAAAAUAUUUUUUGCAAAAUAUCAAAAAAUCGUCAUUAUUAUUAAAAAUGAAUCCAUAAAAUUCGUAAAAUUUUCUCAAAUAGUAAUAUUGAUGCAGGGAAGACUUAGCCAGUAUCGGGCAUUGCUCUAUAUCGGAUGACAUUCUUUUACUGCUGAUAGACGGCUUAUAAUAUCCAUUUAAACGAGCCACAGUUUUUGUAAAACGUUUUCCCGUUUUUCUAUUCAGUCAGUUGAAAGAUAUUGUUGAGUAAAGGUGUAUCGAGUGCUAGAUCUGUGUACUUUCCGCCCUAUCUGCUGCUUUGCCUGAUAAUAUCUCAAGAAUGUUUUUUUACUCCCUAAUGAACCGCUCACCAAUGAUGUGGCUGGCGACGAUCGUAUCAUUUCUCAUAUUUCACUGCAGCCUUUCUAAUACAAUAACGGCCAUGAAUGACGAUCUCUAUGAGAUGGAUGACGAUGUAACUCCAACGAUCGGUGGCCUAAAUUCAUGUAUCUUUGGCGUUAAGUCGGUGUCGAUAGUUUUAUAUACCAGCAAUAUUCCUAAUGGCAAAGUUAUUGGAAUGAAUGAAUCCUGCAAUUUACUUGAUUCAUCGAAACCAGUCUUCUUCAUGACUCAUGGUUUUCUUGCAAAUUCGCAUAAUUAUAACUUUUCUGAUCUUGCCAACGAAAUGCUAAAGAGAGAUUAUACAGUAUUUUCAAUAGAUUGGUCCAACGGAUCAUGCUAUAACGACCCAGCCAUCUUAAAUCUUUUAGAAUAUCCUUUUGCAGUAUACAACGUCCGUGAAGUUGGUGACUACUUGGCCAACUUCAUUAAAUCAGCGAUCGACGUGUGCCAUGUUCCAUUGAGCAACAUUACACUUAUGGGUCAUAGCCUUGGCUCUCAUAUAAGUGGUUUCGCCGCGAAACAGCUACAGAAUUUGAAUUAUGGCAAAGUUCCACUUCUUAUCGGUACCGAUCCUGCGAGUCCCUUAUUUGAAUUACGAACUUGCACAAAUAGAUUAUGCAAAUCAGAUGCCGAACGUGUGAUAGUUCUUCACUCAUCUGCCCUCGGAUUACAAGUAUCUUUAGGUCAUCUCGAUUUGUGGUUUAAUAAUGGAUUUAGACAACCAGCGUGUGGUGGUUCGAUAAUCGGUGGUCUAAACGUUAACUGCUCGCAUAACAUAGCCAUUGUUUAUCUAAUUACGUUGUUAGAUAAUUAUGAAUAUGUUGGUGUUCCUGUAGCAUCUAGAAAGAUCCCGCUUCCCAACGUUAUAUUCGGCUGUUCUUCCGAUACAACUAAUUGCAUUGUCGUGGAUAAUAAAAUAAUCGACAGAAGUUCCUCUACAGUAGGAGACUACUGUGUAUUCGUUACAUCUGAAUAUCCCUAUUGCACUCGGAAAGAUGUUAGCUGUUUCAAAAAUAUGUUGCUUAAUUUAACACUUUAAUUUAUAAUACUAAUGGAGUUGUACAAUUAUCAGACUUAUAAUUAAGUAUAGUUUAAUUAAAGACGUGUAUUAAUUAGCGCCCCAGGUAGGAAGUUGACAUUACUUUUUCUUCACUUUAACGUCUUCAAAUAACGUCCUUGACAUUUGACAUCAAAAUGACAUUAGCUUGCUGGGACGUCUUUUUUUUACUCGUCACAGAUUUUUAUUAUAAAAAUUUUUCAAUUAUUACUGCUGAAAAGAAAUAAAGUACAUUUUUAAAAAA